AGCUGGGCUGAGAGCAGGAAUGGCGCCGGCAUCAUCGUGACGAGCCGUCCAGCAGUCCGCUAUGGAGGAGGAUCCCGAGCUGGAGAGGAACCCCUUCUGGAAUUCCAUUCUGCUUCAGAUUGCUUUGGGACCCACUGUUCUUUCCAUGGCAGCGUGUUAGAAAAUGGGCAUGGAAUGGAAGGCUGUGGAAGAGUUACUGAAGGAGGCAAAACGUGGGAGAACCAGAGCUGAAACAAUGGGAGCGAUGGGCUGGUUGAAAUGUCCUCUUGCUGGUGCAAACAAAAGAUUUCUUAUUAAUACCAUCAAAAACACAUUACCGUCUCAGAAAGAACAAGACCAAGAACGUGAGCAAAAGGAAGUCAGCAAGGAGCCAGAGCCAAACAAAAGCAGGAAAGAAGAAAAACCAAAGAAACACAGAAUUCACCCAUACACACCCAGCUUUCAGUCCAGAAGGAGAGUCAGCUACUCUCCUCCUAGGCACCGAAGCAGGAGCCAGCACACAAAGGAUAAGUAUGAAAAGCGAUCUAGCAAACGGUGAAGAGAGGUGAAUAUGUGUUGUUACAAUCCAAGAAUGUCAUUAGACAUCAGACUGCAGGGAUGUUUUGGUCUUUUCAGAAGGAGAUUCUGUUCAGAAUAGAUUUUUGAACUGGUUUCUUGUGUGAGAAGUAGUUAGAGGUAGCUUUAUAAAACUUUUCUUCAGGACUUUUAAGAGAAAAGUGAAGUGCAGCGUAAAUCUUUCAGUUCUCUGAGAACAGACAUUCCCUUCCCUUUGCUCCUUUCCUCUCUCCCUUUCUGACUAAUCUUAGGGUCUUGGUAAUGGAGCAUAAUAUGUGCGUCACUGUCUGAUACAAUUUAUUUAGUCAUAUUACCCUUUUGGAAAUAAAUUUAAAUUAAGCAUAAGUCUAUCUAUUGUAUAAAGUUAGCAGAACUUCUUUGCUGCUUAACCAAUUGAGAAGUUUUGCUUGUUUGGAUUAAUUUAGUUUUAAGUACCUGGAAGAAAGGAAAAUUGGUCAAUGCCUGGCCAAGCACGUAUGUUUUGUAUAGAAUAUGAGAGUUUGGUUUCUUUAGACAGUAUGAAAGUGGGCAACACUAGUUUUGCUUUCCAGGAAGGACUUCUAGGAAAUACUGAUCUUGUGCGUUGUGUAUUCACAAACCUCUCAUAGAUAAUAAUAAAUGUUACCCCUAAAAAGCCAUAAUGCAAUAAUUGUCUCUGUUUAGACUUCCCUGUGUAAGGAAGUAGUUUGAACAGUCUCUUGUCAUGGUGCUUUCAAAACAAACCUUGAAGACAAAAUUAUCAUGUCUCUGUCCACUGCUAAGAAGUUUCCAAGUAAAGUGUAGAACUAGAAAUGCAGAGAUGUUUAAAAACAAUCAGAUGCUCACUUUCCAAAACUGUGUGGCAAUUUUUUUGUAGUACAGUUCUUAAGCUUGUGACUUUGAGCAUGUACAAUAUACAUCAGCAUAUUCUAUGUCUUUUUUUGUUGUUGUUUUACAGUAACAAACUUCUGUGUGAAAUAUUUAGUGUUUUGGAUGUUCUCAGAAGUAUGUUUGUUUUGAACAUAGGUUUUGGUUUUCGAGUGUGUGACAAUAAAAUUUAAAUUGUUCAUUAAAAGUGCUUCGUGAUA